GCAUGUGGUCAUAGCAUAUUAGUAUAUGAUACAAGCAUUUUAUAUUUGUCAGUCUCCAAAUUUCCAAUUGCAGGGGUCUUAAAUAGUUACAUUGAACAACAACAAGUCAAAUAAAUGCCAAACCAGGUGCUGAGAUUUCGUUUCCCCACCUUCUUUAAUCGUCUGCUUCUUCUUCCUCCACCAGACCUUUAAUAUCUCCACACAGAUCUCCAGAUCUGCAAACCCAGAUUCAGACCCAGCCACUAAAAAAUGCACACCAAUGGCCGCACCACCUCGCUUCUUCAAAUCGAGCACGACGCUAAAUUCUUCAGCAGGCUUCUCUCCAGAGAACGCUCCUCCUCCGCCGCCUCCUCCCGCAGAAUCUACUACGGCGGAGCCGCCGCGUCCAUUCCAUUCCUGUGGGAGUCGAGGCCGGGCACCCCCAAACACCCCAAGUUCUCCGAUUCAUCUCCGAACGAUGAUGGUAUUCCUCCCCCCAUCACUCCUCCUCCUUCCUACACUUAUCCCCAAACACACAGCAUCUACAAAUACUCCAAACACUCCGCAAAGCCCAAUCUUCUGCACGCCAUUUUUACCAUGCUCCCUCGGAGCCGCCGGAGGAGCAGGACCCACAUGUUUAUUCCGCCGAUAUCGUCUUCCUCUAUGUCGUCGUCGUUGUCUUCGUCGCGUUCGUCCUCCUCGUACUGCUCGCCGCCGCCUACCAAUUCGACGAUUCGAGACGACGAUCGAUUCAACGCGAAACGCAAAAGCUCCGGUCGGUUUAGCGGAUGCUGUUCGGUGGGGAACAUGAAGAAUGCGUUAUUGUCGGUCGUAGGAAAUCGAUCUCCCCAGAGGUAAUCAUUAAGUAAUCGAUCAAUCAAAAGAUUGAUUGUGAAAUGUUCGUAUGUAUUUACAUACAUCGUGUAGCAUGCAUCGAUCGAUUGAUCUUAAUUGGUCGUGGUUUACUGUAUUUAGUUUUGUUAUAUUUUUUUUUUGGGAAACCUCUAAAAAUAAGAUCAUGCUGAAUCACAUCCAUGAUUGAACAUGUUAAAA